AUGGGAGACUUUGCGAAGGCUAUGGCGACCUUCAUGAAGAAGUUCAAGAGGAAGCGCAGAUUGUCCACAGAGUUACACUCUCGCUGGGGUGAUGUUCAAAUCACCUAUCCCAUUCAAGGAUCUUGGAAUCAAUGGGAUCAACCAUCCGGAUUUGGUGCAAAUGCAUCUGAAAUGGCAUCCCCAAACAUACACGAAGGACAGCGACAUGUCUCAGCUGGCUCAUUUCGAGAGCCAAGUCCCAGCUCUCCUAUCCGGCGGUCGCGAAGCACAGGCACAGAGCGUCCAUCAUCUUCUUCCUCUCCAUCAUUUCCAACCGGGCAUUUCAAUCAAAACAUCCGCCAUCGCGACCCAGAAGACCGCCGCCCAUUCCAAGGCCUGGGCAUCGGUGACCUCCGCCGCGACAGCCACCACGCUUCAAGCAUCAUUCAAGACGACAGCUCCAGCUCUUCCUGCGACGAAGAUGACGAGUACAGAGACGUGCUCGGUCCAGUGGGCUUGAGUCCUCGCAUUUAUGAAUUGGGAGAUACGUCGCACACGCGCGAUACAGAAGAUUAUGACAUCCCCGCGAAAUCCCCGCCUCUCUCUGUUACUUCGCGCAUGCGGCGCUGCAGUGUUCAAAGCUGUGCGACUGAGCCUGUGGCAUCUCUCUCGGGCUCCAAUUCCCGCCGCACAAGCUAUACCGCCGCCUCUUCUAUCUCGGCCCCUUCUAUGCCUCCGUCCACGCCUCGGUAUGGUCAGCAAACUCCGAAACCACCUUUCACUGAAAAGAGAUAUCCUCCUCGUCCUCCCGCCCGCGAGCCUGAGUCGACAAACCACGAGAUGGUGCCCUCGUAUGAUGAGCUUUACGGUUGA